UGGCGCUAGGAGAAAAUUUUCCGGCAUUCGGGAUGAUGGGUAAACAGACUAGCAUAGUUUGAAUUAGAGUUUAUCAUCAAAUGGAUUCAGAUGUGACUCAUGAUAUUAAAUUUUAUUUUUCUGAUUCUUGCGACGAAUCCAAUCACGAAGAUGCCGCUUUAGACUGCAAUGAUGAAAAUAGACAGCUAAAAGAAAAUGAAGAUAAAAAAAAUGAUUCAGAUGAUUCACCUUUACAUUCAUUGGAAGCUGAAUCUCAUGGACCAACUAUUCAACAAUAUAUUAGUAAAUACAUGGAUCAUGGAUUUGAUGAAUCACUUACACGUGAAACAAAAAAAAGAAAGGAAAAAGAAAACUUUGGACGGACUUUGAAAGUAGCAGCACAACAAACUUUAAAUCAAAGAGUUUAUUUUAAUAAAGAAUCCUCACAAUCUGCUAACAGUUUGACUAUUUUGUUGUCUUCUGCAUCUUCAUCUGACUCAUCAUGCUCAUCACCAACACACCUUGAACCUAAUUCUUCUCAAGUAUUUUUUCAUUCAUCAGUUAAGUGCUCAGAUGCAGUUGAUAAAUUAGAAUUAAGACGUAAGAAACAUUGGAAUAAAAAACGCACUAUUGAACGAGAUAGAAAAACAGGCCAUGUCAAUUAUGAUGCUUUGACUCCAUCACCAGUGGAAAUAGAAAAACUUUUUAUUCAGGAAGAAAAUGAAAUGAAAAACUUUUCUGUAAAUUCAAAACAGUCUUUUUUGGAUCAUCGGUCUUCAGUUGAAUCGGAUUGUCCUGUAGAGAGAAUUCAAUUUUAUAAAACAUUUUCACUUUUAAUACGAAUGGGAAAUAGAGAGAAACAAUCUGGAGCUGAGAAUGAAAAUAAAAUAGUAAAUGAAGAUCAGUUAUCUUUUCAAGCUAUUAAAGAUUGCUUAUGGCUAGAAUUAAAAGCUUGGCAUAAUGGUUCUACUAUUUGUGAUGAGAAAAGGACUAUUUGUUUACAAAGACAAUCUAUCCCAGAAGUUUUAAAAGAAAUUUUAAAUUUUACUAUACUUGAUAUAUCUGAAAAUGUAACCAAUAGCACUGAUUCAGGAUAUGUGUCAUGUGGAAAUGUCAUUAUAGAUCAAGUUUCCUCACCAUUCAAUCAAAACUCAAAUGAAGAUAUAUCUGCAAUUAAAUAUUCUAAUGUCGCACAAAUAUAUGAUGAUAUUUCACUUGGUAAUAAAGUUAAUGAUAAAGAAACAAGGACAAUAAGAAGUCUUGUUAAAUCACUUGAAAAAAGUCACAAAGAUUCAUUUCCACUAGAACAUAAUUAUGAAGUAAAUAGUUGUUGCAAGGAUAAUUUUAGAACUAAUUGCUUUUUAGGUGAUGCUUGUUCUUGCAAUGAAGCUUUGAGUAGACUUUGUCAGAAUUGCAUCAAUAAUGAAAGUGAAGCUUUACAUCAGGUUACAAAAGUAUUAGAAAAACUUGAUGAAGUCGAACAUUAUUAUUCAUGCUCUAAAGCAUUAGGAAAUGAAUAUCCUGUAUAUAAUAGUGAAGAAUUUAUAAUCAGAGUUAAAACACUGAAUCUUUGGUUAAAUCUUACACAAUGCUUACGAAGAAAGAUCGAUUCCUUGGCUAAACUAUUUGGUAUUCGUGAUAAACUAAAAGCUGGUUGGCCUUGUUAUGAUUUUAAUGAAAUACAAAGAUUAGUUAUAAAUGAAGAAGAUAAAAAUCAAAAUAAUGACAAAAUGGAAUCUAAACAUUCAUUAAAAGUAAAUUUUCAAAAUAUAUCAGAUUUUACAAGUAGUCCAAAUACAACUGGAUCUGAUAGAGGUUGCUGUUCAACAUCUGCUUCACCUGAUGUUCAAAAUAUUAAUCCAUUUGAUUUAUCAGUAAAUAAUGCAAGUUUUAAUCAAAAUACAGCAAAUUUAGAUAUCAAAUAUUUCAAAAGUUCUCGUAUUUAUCAUCGUUAUGUUGAUAAAACACUUCGUCAUAAAGGACUUAAAUACAUAUAUUCUCAGCUUACAAGUGUUCUCCGUCCUAUUCUGUUUCAUGUUCAUGCUGCUUUGAAAAGACCAAAACCAACAUCAUAUGCUGCAGCUGUUGCAAAGGUUGUAACAGAUUCCCCAAAUCCAGCUACAAAAUUUUCAGAUGCCAUUUUACUUUGUCCAAAUAAAGAAUAUUGUGAAGAAUUAUCUACAUAUGGAGUUUGGUCAGAUACUUAUCAAAAAAUGAGGCUUCCUACAUUUCAUCGUCCAUUCUUGUUUCUUUUACGUAUUCCUUUGGAUAUAGUUCAUGAAUGUCUACAGCUACGAAUUCAACAACAACCAGAGGAUCCAUCAUCACUAAGUAUUUAUCAAUUAAUAAAAGAAUGCAAAGAAGUUUUAAGAGCUGGAAUUCAAAUGAGACAACGUUAUAUAAAUUUGGCUCAGACUAUAUUUGGUGAAGAUGGAAGUGAUGUAAUUGAAGCACAAUUAAAUGAAUUUGACAAAGAUUUGAAAACAAUGCUGCAGGUAAUUUCUCAUUUAUGUGAUUUUAUUUAUAAGUUUAUAUAGAUUUAUUUUUAAUGAAUUUAAAUGAAUAUUAGGAUUUGACAGAUAUUUUAUUAUAUCAUUUUAAU